AUGGAUCGAAGUAAAGCUUCUCCAAUCCUAGCACCUCGACAUGAUUCCUCCAGUCGUAUUGGCAAGCCAGAGUCUCCGGCCGAGAAGCUCGCAUCUUUGAAGGCUAGAGUCGCAGCUGCAGUCGGUGGCAGUAAGGCAAAAGGUGGACUAAAUGUCGGUCUGCAUCCCAUGCUUGCGAAAGGAGGUUUGAAUGUCGAUCUCCAUCCAGCACUACAGGACCUUGGACAAUACAAACCUUCGAAAUCAGUCGCACCCAAAUUUGCUACCAGCAUCGGAAAUGCUCGCCCUCAACAAGAAAAAACGGCCGUAAAAUCCAAGAAACAACUCGAUAUCUCAGGGCCCUCGACGGAAGAAAUCAGGAACAAUCCAUACUUUGAUAUGAGCCUAGGUGGGCAAACGGCGACACCAAAGAAUAGACACUCGAGACAGCUAGUUUUCAAUCAAAAAGGUAAAUAUAUACAACAGGCAAAUGCACUUCGAAGGCAGGCCGCCCUAGAGGCUAUGAAAAAGCGCAUCGCCGAGUCAUCACGAAAAAUUGGGAUUGACGAGGACAUUGACACCGAGAAGAAAUUCCUCGUGGAAGCGCCACCAGAAAUCGAGUGGUGGGAUGAGGGCCUGGUGGAUGGCAAGAAUUAUGAUGAUAUUUCAAAUCCAAAGAUGCUCAAAAUCGGCACCCCAGACUCCAUUAUAACUGAAUAUAUUCAACAUCCCGUUCUCCUUGAGCCACCACAAGAAAAGAAUGCGCCUGCACCCAAACCUAUGUUUUUAACCGCGAAAGAGCAAGCCAAAUUACGAAGGCAGCGUCGAAUGGCCGAAUUGAAGGAACAGCAAGCGAAGAUCAGACUCGGACUAGAGCCCGCACCUCCUCCAAAGGUCAAGAAGGGAAAUCUUAUGCGUGUAUUGGGAGAAGAAGCUGUCAAGGAUCCAACCGCUGUCGAAGCUCGUGUCAACCGAGAAAUCGCAGAUCGUCACCAGAAGCAUGUCGAGACGAAUGAGGAUCGAAAGUUAACAAAAGAACAGAAACAUGAGAAGCUAGCUGUAAACCAGGAGAAGGAUGCCGCGAAGGGCAUUCAUGCAGUCGUAUUCAAAAUCAACAGUUUGGCAAAUGGCAGUCACAGAUUCAAGAUCGCCAAAAAUGCCGAACAGCAUGCUCUAACGGGCAUAUGUAUUCUUCAUCCGAGGUUUAAUUUGGUGAUUGUUGAGGGGGGCGAGCACAGUAUCCGGCAAUACCGAAAACUUAUGCUUCAAAGAAUAGACUGGACUGAAAACUCGCCUACUCGAAUUAAGGAGGGUACAAAAGCAGACGCAUUGCAAGAUUGGUUGAAGGCAGAAGAUGAGAAGGGGGAGCUGAAGGAUAUGACGUUGAACAAAUGCCAAUUGGUUUGGGAAGGGGAGCAAAAGUCUAGGGCUUUCAGGAAGUGGCAAAGCAAGGUGUGCGAGACAGAUAGUGCAGCUCGAGAUGCUUUGACGAGGUCAAAGAUGGACAACUUUUGGACCCUGGCAAAGAGCAUGAACUAG